CCGGGCGCGGCCGCCGCCCGCUCGGGAACCAGAUCCGGGCAGACGGCGACGAGGGCGACGAGGACCCUCGGCCGCCGUCCGCGGCCGGCCUGCUCGCGGGACGCGGGCCGCUCGGGAGGAGGCCGCGGCGGGAGCCGCGCCGCAUGGGCUGGGGGCGGACCCCCGGCGAGCAGGGAGGAGCGACGGCCAGAACCGCAGGACCGGACGGAGGCGGAGGGGGAGGAGACAAGGGAGAAAGGGACAAAACCACUCCUCAAAUCGAGGAUAGGAUGGGCUGGCACAUCCAAAAUGUCACACUGCCAGAUGCAACGUGACCAAAGAAUGGCUGCGGCGGCACCUGUGGAUUACCCUACAGGGUCAACGCCAAAGCAACUACAAGAAAGGCACACAGAGCGAAUGAGCAACAAGACGGAAAAAAAUACAUCUGGCGGCACCGUUGCCGGGUGGACGCCGGCGCGUCGCACCAAGCGCGGGAGGGGGCAAGAGGAGGAAAGAGGAGAGAAAGGAGGAGGACGAGGAGGAGAAAGGAGGCCCGCCGGGAGGCCGGGUGCGGAGAGGC